AUGCCGGGCUCGGCACUAAAGACCAUACCCCUCACCUGGCCAUUCGCCGUCUGGGGCAUGGACAUGGUGGGAAAGUUCAAAACAGCCCCCGGCGGAUACACUCACCUCCUCGUCGCUGUCGACAAAUUCACCAAAUGGGUGGAAGCGAAACCCAUCAAGAAGUGCGACGGCAAAACAACCACCAAAUUCCUACGGGAAUUGAUCUACCGCUACGGAUACCCUCACAGCAUCAUCACCGACAAUGGCACGAAUUUCGCCAAAAGGGAAAUGGCAGAUUUCUGCGAAGAGAACGGCAUCCGACUCGACCUGGCAUCAGUCGCGCACCCCGAGUCGAACGGGCAAGCAGAAAGGGCGAACCAGAGCAUCCUCCACGGAAUCAAACCACAACUGGUGGUACCUCUGGAGCACGCGGCCGAAUGCUGGGCAGAGGAACUACCCUCCGUACUCUGGGGCAUUCGCACAACUCCGAACAGGUCAACCGGCUACACGCCCUUCUUCCUGGUAUACGGAGCCGAGGCGGUAAUUCCCACCGACAUCGCCCACGACUCACCAUGA